AACCAACCGUUGCUUUCAAAAUAAAUGCAUGGCCAUGCUACAUUGCUAACCUCCUCUCACCUCAAAUAUAUAUCAUCUUUGGAAAAAAAGGGUAACAAAUAUCUUCAAAAAAUUGCUUAUUAAAAUCUCCAAAACCGGAUUUUAAUUCUUCUUCUUCUUCUUCUUCUCAAGAUGAACAUAGAAGUGGGAAAACAUGGUGAUCGCGGUCGAGCGGCGGGGCGUGGGGAUGGUAGUGAUGAAGGUGGUGGUGGAACGAGUAUAGGUCCAAGUAGAAAUAUGAACGAGAGGACAAGUUAUCUUGUGUGGCAAGAUCUAAGGGUGAUGCUUCCAAGCUCGGGUGAUGGACCAACCAAACGGUUGCUCCAUGGUUUAAACGGAUAUGCUGAACCGGGUCGGAUCAUGGCUAUCAUGGGCCCUUCUGGUUCGGGAAAGUCCACGCUUCUUGAUGCACUAGCAGGUCGACUAGCGAAAAAUGUGGUGAUGACCGGAAAGAUUCUACUUAACGGCGAGAAGAAGAACCUAAGCUAUGGCGCCGUUGCAUACGUGACACAAGAAGAUGUUCUAAUGGGAACCCUCUCGGUACGUGAAACAAUCACCUAUUCAGCCCAUCUGAGGCUACCGUCAACGUUGACCAAAGAAGAGGUCGAAGACACAAUCGAAGGGACAAUAAUGGAAAUGGGACUAGAGGAUUGUGCCGAUACGUUGGUCGGAAACUGGCAUUUGAGGGGUAUUAGUGGCGGGGAGAAGAAACGGCUAAGUAUCGCACUCGAAAUCCUUGUGAGACCACGCCUUUUGUUUCUCGAUGAACCAACAAGCGGUCUUGAUAGCGCCUCAGCGUUUUUCGUGGCUCAUGCUCUAAAGAGCGUGGCUCGGGAUGGAAGAACAGUUAUUUCUUCCAUCCACCAACCGAGCAGCGAAGUUUUUGCAUUGUUUGAUGACUUGUUUCUUUUAUCCGGAGGCGAAACCGUGUAUUUUGGAGAGACAAAGGAAGCUAUAGAGUUUUUUGCCGACUCCGGUUUCCCAUGUCCCAUGAAGAGGAAUCCAUCCGACCAUUUUCUACGUUGUAUUAAUUCAGACUUUGAUGCUAUAACAACCACUCUAAAAGGAUCAUCCAGAAUCUACGAGGGACGAGAAAAAUCAGACCCUUUUAUGACUAUGGUAACAGCAGAGAUCAAGGCAACGUUAGUAGAGAAAUACAAGUGGUCAAAAUAUGCCGUGAAAGCUCGAUCGAAGGUUAAACAACUCUCGGCAAUCCGUGGAACCGGGGCCAUUCCUAAUAUGGCGGGCCAAGCGGGUUGGUGGAAGCAACUUACUACAUUGACUCGAAGAUCGUUUGUGAACAUGUCGAGAGAUAUGGGAUAUUACUGGUUACGUAUAAUUAUUUACUUGGUUGUAUCGAUAUGUGUUGGGACGAUCUUUUAUGAUGUUGGUACAAGUUAUACGGCUAUAUUUGCGAGGGGAGCGUGUGGUGGUUUCAUAACCGGGUUUAUGACCUUCAUGUCUAUCGGAAGUUUCCCUUCGUUUAUCGAAGAUAUGAAGAUAUUUACUAGGGAACGACUCAACGGGUACUAUGGAGUGGGAGUGUUUAUAUUAUCAAACUUCUUAUCGUCAUUCCCAUUCCUGGUGGCGGUUUCGCUUGUCACCGGGACAAUCGCAUGGAACAUGGUGAAGUUCAAUCACGGAUUCUCACGAUACGCUUUCUACUGCCUCAACCUUUUUGGCUCGAUCGCAGUGAUCGAGAGUUGUAUGAUGAUUGUGGCAUCUCUAGUGCCCAAUUUCUUGAUGGGGCUCGUAAUAGGGGCUGGAGUACUAGGUGUUAUGAUGAUGACCUCCGGAUUCUUUCGCCAACUUCCGGAUCUUCCAAAGCCCUUUUGGCGGUACCCGGUUUCGUAUUUGAACUAUGGAUCAUGGGCAAUACAGGGAGGAUACAAGAAUGACUUGCUAAACUUGGUUUUUGAUGGAUUAGUACCAGGAGACCCGAAAAUCACGGGUGCAUAUGUUAUUACAAAGCUGUAUCGAUUGCCAUUGAGUCACUCUAAAUGGUGGGACUUGUUAGCAAUCUACGUGCUUCUAGUGAGUUAUAGAACGAUUUUCUUUUUGAUUCUCAAGUUGAAAGAGAGAGCAAUGCCCUUUUUCCAGACGAUAUACGCGAAGAGAACGUUACAUCGUCUUAAAAGGCGAGCUUCAUUCGUAAAGUUCCCGUCUUCAAGACGAUACCAAAGUCUUCGCUCUUUAGCAUCACAGGAGGGCCUAAGCUCUCCAAUUACAUAACAACAUUUUACAUUCAAAUUUGAGAGCAAUAAAGUGAUCUACACACAUACAACUUAAACAUAAAUGUUGUAACAAUGGUAUUAUACCAUUACAUAUGAUGUCAUGUACUUGUUUAUUAAUUAGAGGUCACUGAACAAAUGAAAGAACAUGCCCUACAAAUCUAA